CCUAUCCUAUCUUUUAUUGAAAAUACCUUUUACCAAAUUUUUGUUUACUUCACUCACUCUGAAACUCUGCACACCCUUCUUCUCUGUUCAUUCUCCUCCAUACUGUUCCUGCAUGGUUUCAUUGAUUCUGUCCAACUUUGGCAGCAGUUUUACCCAUAGUUUUGGUUUUUCCUCAAUUGGGUUUCUCAGACUGUUUCCAAAUUCAUACAGAUUUUGUUGAAGCAGCAAGAGAACCAAUCCAUUUCCCCCAAUGGCCCCAAAAUCAGGCAGAGGCAAAAACAACAAGGCCAAGUCUGACAAGAAGAAGAAGGAAGAUAAGGUUCCUAGUGUUCUUGACAUCACUGUCAUUACUCCAUAUGACACACAAGUUAUUCUUAAGGGUAUCUCCACUGACAAGAUACUAGAUGUUAAAAGACUACUAGCUGUGAAUGUAGAGACAUGUCAUCUUACAAACUAUUCCUUGUCUCAUGAAGUGAAAGGGAAGAGACUGAAUGAAAGGGUGGAGGUGGUUAGUCUGAAACCCUGUCUUCUGAAAAUGGUUGAAGAGGACUAUAGCGAUGAAGCCGAAGCUGUUGCCCACGUGCGGCGUCUGCUGGACCUGGUGGCCUGCACGACCCGAUUCGCCAAGCCCAAACGGUCCGCUGCCGCCCCGGACUCCAAGUCCAAGAAGAGCGGCACCAAACCCGUCAACAAGAACUCCGGCCCAUCCUCACCGUCCGUUUCGGCUAUCUCAGAGAGCCUCGGGAUGGUCGCCAUUCACCCGACCCCGAAGCUCUCCGACUUCUACGACUUCUUCUCUUUCUCACACCUCGCCCCUCCCAUUCUCCAUUUACGGAGGUGUGACGUGGACGACGCACAGGAGAGGCGCGACGGUGACUAUUUUCACAUGCAGAUUAAGAUUUGCAAUGGGAAGCAAGUACAAGUGGUUGCAUCAGUAAAAGGGUUCUACACAGUGGGAAAGCAGUUUUUACAAAGCCACUCAUUGGUGGAUCUUCUGCAACAGCUCAGUAGAGCUUUUGCUAAUGCAUAUGAAUCCUUGAUGAAAGCUUUUGUAGAGCAUAACAAGUUUGGUGACCUUCCAUAUGGUUUUCGAGCAAACACAUGGCUUGUUCCUCCAUCUGUUGCCGAGUCUCCAUCAAAUUUUCCAUCCCUGCCGACUGAAGAUGAAAAUUGGGGAGGAAAUGGUGGAGGCCAGGGAAGAAAUGGUGAAUAUGAUCGUCGACCAUGGGCUACUGACUUUGCAAUUUUGGCUUGCCUGCCUUGCAAAACUGAGGAGGAGAGGGUUGUUCGAGACCGAAAAGCAUUUUUGCUUCAUAGUAAAUUCAUUGAUGUAUCGGUCUUUAAAGCUGCUGCUGCAAUACGUGGUAUAAUAGAUUCUACUGUGAAUGGAAAGGAGACAACCAAUUGUUCUUCGGGCUCUGUUCUUUAUGAGGAGCGUGUUGGAGACUUGUCCAUUGUUGUAAAACGUGAUAUAACAGAUCCAUUGUCAAAGUCCGAAGUAAUAGUUAGUGGCGAUCAUCCAUGCAGUACCCGGGAAGUUGCUCAGAGGUGUUUACUCAAGGGUUUAACUUCUGAUGAGAGUGUGGUUGUUCAUGAUACACCCUCCUUGGGUGUGGUCAAUGUAAGGCACUGUGGAUACAUUGCAACAGUUAAAGUUGUUGGUAAAAUAAAGAAGGGAAGCUGUGAGGCUAAAGAUAUUGACAUUGAAGAUCAACCAGAUGGAGGAGCCAAUUCUCUUAAUGUGAACAGCCUGAGGGUUCUGCUUCAAAAGUUCAACACUGAAUCAGUGGAUCACUCUAAUUCAGAUGGUUUAGAAACUUCUAGGUGUCUGGUUCAAAGAGUAUUAAAAGAGAGCUUGACGAAGUUAGAGGAUGAGCCUGCCAAUUCUGAGAGGUCUAUCAGAUGGGAACUUGGUUCUUGCUGGUUGCAACAUCUACAAAAGCAGGAAACACCAGUAAACAAUUCUGAUAGUCCCGAGGAUGAUAUUGAGGCGGCUGAACCAGUUGUUAAAGGUCUAGGGAAGCAAUUUAAAUUUUUGAAGAAGAGGGAAAAGAAAACAAGUACUGAAGCUGGAACAUAUGAUGAGGAAGACAUUGAUGCUAAUUCUUUGAGUCUAAAUGGGGGAUCAGAUAAAUUAGAGGUAAACAAUGGCGAGAGUCAUGAGAUCAGCAAUGAGGCAGAAUUGAAGACUUUAAUUUCAGAAGAAGCCUAUUUGCGCCUGAAAGAAACUGGAACUGGUCUUCAUCUAAAGUCAGCAGAUGAGCUUAUCAAGAUGGCACACAAAUAUUAUGAUGAAGUUGCCUUGCCAAAGCUGGUAACAGACUUUGGAUCACUUGAACUCUCUCCAGUUGAUGGCCGUACGCUGACAGAUUUCAUGCAUUUAAGGGGGCUGAAAAUGCGCUCUUUGGGUCGAGUGGUUGAACUGUCGGAGAAACUUCCUCAUAUACAGUCUCUUUGUAUUCAUGAGAUGAUUACUCGAGCUUUCAAGCAUGUGCUUGAAGCAGUCAUUGCUUCUGUUGGCAAAAUAACUGACUUGUCUGCGGCAAUAGCUGCAACCCUAAAUUUUCUACUUGGAGGCUCUGCGAUGGAUGAUGAUGUACGCAAAUUGCAAUGGCUACGAAUAUUCCUGGCCCGAAAAUUUGGUUGGGCACUGAAAGAUGAAUUUCAGCACUUGAGGAAGUUAUCAAUUCUCCGAGGACUUUGCCAUAAGGUUGGGCUGGAGUUGGCCCCAAGAGAUUAUGACAUGGAAUGCCAUAAUCCUUUCAGCAUAUACGACAUUAUUAGCAUGGUUCCAGUGUGUAAGCAUGUAGCAUGUUCUUCAGCUGAUGGACGAAAUUUGUUGGAGUCAUCUAAAAUUGCUCUUGAUAAAGGAAAGUUAGAGGAUGCUGUACAUUUCGGAACAAAGGCACUAGCAAAGAUGAUAGCUGUCUGUGGCCCCUAUCAUCGAGUUACUGCAAGUGCUUAUAGCCUUUUAGCAGUAGUCCUUUACCACACGGGUGACUUUAAUCAGGCAACCAUUUAUCAGCAGAAGGCUUUAGCUAUUAAUGAAAGGGAACUUGGGCUGGACCAUCCAGAUACCAUGAAAAGCUAUGGGGAUCUUUCCGUUUUUUACUACCGUCUUCAAUACAUUGAAUUGGCUUUGAAGUAUGUAAAUCGUGCGUUGUUUCUUCUUCAUUUUACAUGUGGACUAUCUCACCCUAACACAGCUGCGACAUACAUAAAUGUGGCUAUGAUGGAGGAGGGCAUGGGAAAUGUCCAUGUUGCUCUCAGAUACCUACAUGAGGCUUUGAAGUGUAACCAGAGACUAUUAGGAGCAGAUCACAUACAGACUGCUGCAAGCUAUCAUGCCAUAGCCAUAGCUCUUUCAUUGAUGGAAGCAUAUUCUCUAAGUGUGCAACAUGAGCAAACAACACUUAAGAUACUUCAAGACAAACUUGGACCUGAGGAUCUUCGUACUCAGGAUGCAGCAGCAUGGCUUGAAUAUUUUGAAUCUAAAUCUCUAGAGCAGCAAGAAGCAGCACGAAAUGGAUCUCCAAAGCCUGAUGCCUUGAUUGCAAGCAAAGGUCACCUUAGUGUGUCAGAUCUCCUUGAUUACAUUAGCCCUGAUCAAGAUUCAAAAGUAAAUGAUGCACAUAGGAAGCAGCGACGUGCAAAGGUUUAUCAGUCGAGUGAUACCAUCUAUGAGGCACAUCAAGAUGUAAUAGCUGAUGAUGACUUGCCAAGUGAUGGCCUUGAAAACCCUAUGAUUUUGAUAGAUGAUAAUACUGAAGUAGUUGAGGAAAGAUGGGUUCAUCAGGGACUGGAGGAAAAAGAUGAUGUCUCUAGAAAUGGUUUGUCAGUUGCAAGUGUAACUGCCGAAGAAACAACUUCAGAUGAAGGAUGGCAAGAAGCCAAUUCAAAGGGGAGGUCUGGGAAUACCACUACUGGGCGGAGGUUCAGUAGAAGGAGGCCAGACAGUGAAUCUUCACACUUUAGAGAAAGCAAAUACUCGAGGGAAGUCAAAUCCUCAUCACAGACUGCAGCUGUGAAGAGCUUUCUAAAUGAUUCAUCUUCAUCAAAGCAAUCAAAGGUUCGUACUGUGAGUACUGGAGAGGAUUCAGUUAGACUUCAGUCCAAAACUACUGUUUCUAAAGUCUUCUCUACUCCAGCCACUCUUACGAACUUGACUUCAAAAUCUGUAUCUUACAAACAAGUAGCUUUGGCACCUCCAGGUACUGUUCUAAAGUCAUUGCUGGAUAAAGUUGACGACCUGAAUGUGGAAGAAUCUGAAACAAAGGAGUGUAACCCUCCACCUGAGACAUUGAAAACUGAAGAAAGCAUAGGUGUAGUUGAACUCAUUCCAAAUGAUGAGAACGAAGGAACACAUGCAAGUUCAACCCAGUUGGAAGAAACAGGCCCUGAAACUGUGGAAGAAAGGUCUGCAGAGAAAAAUGGAAGUAAGCUGUCAGCUGCAGCAGAACCAUUCAAUCCAAGACCACUCACCAUGACUCACCCUCUAAAUCCAGUUGCUGUUACAAGUGUAUAUGACGUGAGAGCCAGCCAAGCAAUGCUUUCUGCGCCUGCGCUCCCCCCAGUAGCUGCUAGAGUUCCUUGUGGUCCUCGGUCACCUUUGUAUUAUAAAACCAAUUAUUCUUUUCGCUUGAGGCAAGGUGUUCAAAAAUUUCGAAGACCCCUUUCAGAAAGAAGUGGAUCAGGACCUCCAAGAAUCAUGAAUCCACAUGCUCCAGAGUUUGUUCCUGGGAGAACUUUGCAAGCAGAUUACAUGAAUGAAUAUGCAGAAUUUCCAACUGAAGCAAAUUCUUCAUUUGAAAUGAAUAGGGCUGAAGAGACGGAUGAAAAAUCGAAUGGUAAAGCUGAGAGAAAGAGCAUCUCUGAGUCUGAGAAGUCAGAGCUUGCAAGGCAGAUAUUGCUGAGCUUCAUAGUAAAAUCUGUCCAGCACAACAAGGAUUCUGAAAGUGAAAGUAAGCAGGAAAAUCAUUUAGAUGCCGUAGAGAAGGACAGUGCAAUUAUAAAGAUUCAUUAUGGAAAUGAAGGAAAGGACUUAGUUUCUCAAUCCAGUGACUGUGAUCAAUCAAAAACAACGGAUGUAGAUACAAAUGAAGUUGGUGAUAGUGAAGGAUUUACAGUUGUGACAAAGAGGAGAAGAAGCCGGCAGCAGUUCAGAAGUGAGUUGUACAAUCAGCAAUCCAUCUCGGCUUCUGUUCAUUGAAACAUACAAGAGAUCAUAUACCUCACAGGAAUCAGGGUACCACGGAUUUUCCCUUCUUUCAACCUCAAAUCUCUCACAUAACACGUUAUAGUCUACAAAGAUUUUUUUUUUUUUUUUUUUUUUUUUUUCCUUCUAUGAAAAUCAAUUAAUUUUUGUAUCACAAUAAGUUUUCAUCAUACUUAUUUUUGUAUCCUAUUUUUUAGUGGUUUCGAUGAAUAAAAGUUGUUCUCUCCACCAGGUAUAGUGGUAAUCGCUA